UUCAGAUCAGAGUCAUUGUGAGUUUUCUGUUGAAGAAGCAAGACCUACUAGCAAAAUGUCCCACGAUGGAAUGUCAAGAGAGGAAUAUGAGGAGUACCAGAAACAGCUGGUGGAGGAGAAAAUGGAAAGAGAUGCUGAGUUUGCGACAAAAAAAGCAGAACGGGCUUGCCUGAGGUCAUGUCUAAGAGAAAAGUACCGUCUGCCAAAGAGUGAGCAAGAUGAGAUCAUGAUCCAGCAGGCAGGAGAUGACAUUGAUGUGCCUGAGGAACUGAUAAAGAUGGUGGAUGAAAAUGCUCCACAAGAAGAAGAAAAUCAGUCCAUACUGGGUCAAAUGCAGAAUAUUCAAAACAUGGACAUGGAGCAGAUCAAAGAGAAAGCUCAGGCCACGCUGGUGGAGAUCAAAUCCAAGGCUGAGGAAAAGUGCACUGUGAUGUAAAGAACCAUGUAGUUGGUAAUUUUACUGUAAAUGCCCUAAAAUACUGAAUACUGCAAUAUGAAUAUAUAUAUAUAUAUUAUAUUGACUACUGAUAAUUGUAAACAGACUACUGAUAUAAACAGACUACUGAUAAU